AUCGUGUGGUGCGUUUAACUGUUUCGAACAAUCAGUUUCCAGAUCAAUUGUUCAGUGGCGGGAACUGGUUGACCCUGAGAGUAGUCAUGUUUCCCAUUGAUUGGGUGUGCACUACUGCUCGCUUGGAACCUAUAGAUUAUGUUCGAAAGCCACAGGUUAUCUUACGCUUAAUUAUUGUGAUAUUAGCAGUUGUCAAUAUUGCAAUUGUACAUAACGGCUGCUAUAUUUAUGGGAAGUGCUUGUUUAAUGAAGAUCAGGCAUCUUGUGGAUAUAGUUUGCUUCUUUCUUCGUCAACAUUUAUUCUUUGCCUCGCCUAUCUUUGGUUGGAUUUAAUAGUGGACAAUGUUUCGAGCAUUGACAUACGUUUGCGAAUCGCUAAAUUUGACGUAGUAUUGCCAGGUAUUUGGUCCUUCCUAUGGUUGAUUGCGUUUUGCUUACUUUGCAACCGCUGGCAAAAUACAGAACAAGAUUUUCUCACUCAGAACGACGUUUCACCUAAUGGACCGCGGACUGCUAUUGCAUUCAGUUUUUUCAGUAUGGUUAUAUUAAUUAUUUUGGGAUUUUUCACAUACAAAUUCUAUAAAUCAACUGAAAUACAAUGCUCUAACUUUGCUUACGGAGAAACUGAAAGUUCGCAUGGAUAUCAUGGUUUUACCAGUGACGCGGAUAUGCUCGAUGCGUCGGGACCAGGACCUGUAGAUCCGGAUACACCUGUCGCCCACUCAAAUUUUGAUUACCAAGUGGGUAAUUACCGUGCAGGAUUAGGUGAUGUUUAUUCUGCAGACCCAAUGGGUGGUUAUCAACCUUAAAAUCGUGUAAAGACAGCCAUUUAUUUGUUUUGAAAAGUAUUUGUAUCCUCUCCGGAGCACAUCCUUAAUUUUUUUUGUACCUGUAAGAGUUUGUUUUGUGUUAUUCUGACUGUUUCCUUCUGUUCAUUUAUAUCAUCACUAUGUCUUGUCAUUCAUAUUUGAUAAACUUCACUGAUAUUUAGCAUACAUCCACUACUAACUAUUUGGCUGUAAUAAAUUUAUCUCGUUCAGUACUUUCUUACUUAUAUUUGCACGUUUCUGCUUGCCUCAUAUUAGUUACUCUUCUGGUUUUUAUAUAAUCAUAAUUGUCCAAUAAUCAUUGUUGUUUCUUCGGAUUGUUUAGACAGUCGUAUUCUUGUCAACCAAAAGAUAAACGGCUCCUUUAGGUUUCUCAUUUUCUAAUUUGCAUGAAUAUUCACCAGACGCUGUUGUCAGAGAACUCACCAUAAAUUAUUUUGCAGUUG